ACGGGACGGGCGAAUCAUCCGCCCUGUUUUCGAAACUAGGCAGUUCACUUUUUGGGGCCACUAGCUCUCCCCAAAGGGUUGUAACCAACAUCCGUGGAUUUCUUUCCAACCGGCUGACCGGAGUAUCCAUUCCCGAUACAGGUUGCCGUUUUGGAGGCCACUGCGGGCGCGUGUGAGCGGGUGAUAGAAGAGACUGACAGCCUACAUACAGCCACCAGAGCUGUCCCUACAUCAUCGCCGUCAUCUACCACAACCACAGCGACGACCUAAAAAUGCCUUACGCAAAGAGGUGCAUCAUCGUGACUCAACCGGUUGCGUUCAGCUAAACGAAGCAUACAAAGAGGACGUGAAGCCGAAUAUUCGUGCAGAACUCGCAUUCACUCACAGAUCGGGAAAAAAAAGUGAUACAGACUAACCUGCAACCAUGGCUCCAUUACCGGUUAUAAACCUCGAACCAAGCGAGGUGAAGGAAAUCUUCUGGACCAAAGUGAAGGAUCCAGGGUCCCAGCGAAAGUUGAUCCUCGUGAUAGUGUCCAUCGCAUUAUUGCUGGAUAAUAUGCUUUAUAUGGUCAUUGUACCGAUCAUCCCUGAUUAUCUGCGAUACAUAGGAACGUGGGGUCCGGAAGAGCCAUUCAACGCUAGCGCUCCAACGACGGUAUUCACUCCUCAUGCGCACGCUCACCACGGACAGGAUUCGGCUACCGGAAUUUUGUUUGCCUCGAAAGCUAUUGUGCAGCUGAUGGUGAAUCCAUUUUCCGGAGCGUUGAUCGAUCGAAUCGGGUACGAUCUACCUAUGAUGGUUGGACUGAUAAUCAUGUUCCUCUCGACGAUGGUGUUCGCAUGUGGACGCAGCUACAGUAUGCUGUUCUUCGCAAGAUCGCUCCAGGGGGUUGGAUCGGCCUUCGCGGACACAUCGGGACUGGCAAUGAUCGCCGAUCGGUUCACCGAAGAAGCGGAACGUUCGAAAGCUCUCGGAAUUGCGCUAGCCUUCAUCAGUUUUGGCUGCCUGGUUGCUCCCCCUUUCGGUGGAGCUCUCUACCAGUUUGCGGGAAAGGAGGUUCCCUUCGUGAUCCUUGCGUUGAUCUCGCUGAUGGAUGGAUUUAUGCUGCUACUGGUGAUGAAACCGAUCAAAGAAACGCUUGCGGACAGACAGGAAGUUAGACAGGAAACCGUGCCAAUAUGGCGAUUGCUACUCGAUCCGUACAUCGCCGUCUGCGCGGGAGCACUGUCAAUGUCAAAUGUAGCGUUGGCUUUCCUCGAACCAACCAUUUCGCUUUGGAUGGAAGAUAAUCUUACGAACGAUAACUGGAAGAUCGGGAUGGUGUGGUUGCCAGCUUUCUUCCCGCAUGUUUUUGGUGUGAUAAUAACAGUGAAAAUGGCACGCAAAUAUCCGGAAAAACAAUGGUUAAUGGCAGCCGGUGGACUCGCGCUUGAGGGUCUCUGUUGUUUCAUAAUUCCAUUUAGCAGCUCCUACAUCAUGCUGAUGAUCCCCAUCUGUGGCAUAUGCUUCGGUAUAGCACUGAUCGAUACGGCUUUGCUUCCAAUGCUCGGUUAUCUGGUGGAUGUGAGAUACGUGUCCGUUUACGGUAGUAUUUAUGCCAUCGCCGAUAUUUCCUACUCGAUAGCGUACGCAGUCGGACCAAUCAUUGCCGGCGGAGUUGUGGAAGCGAUCGGAUUCACAGCCUUGAACGUCGGUAUAGCGUUCUCCAAUCUGUUCUAUGCUCCUGUGCUCUUCUAUCUGCGUAAUAUCUACGACUUUAAGCACUUCGAAAACGAAGCGAACGUCCUGAUGGGUGAACCACCCACUAAAGAGUACCAGACGUAUACGAUGCACGACCAGCAGGCAGUGAAUGCCGAGUACAAAAAUCAUCUGGAUUAUGGACGACACAACGAUGGGAGCGAAUAUCAGCAGCAGGAGACGAACAUUGAUCAGAAUUAUCCUCCGCAAAAUGGGAGCUACGAUCAGUACCAAAGUCAAGGCGGUGGUUAUCAAAACUAUCAGCCCGGAUAUCAGGAACAAGGUGGAGUUUACCAACAACAACAACAACAACAACAACAACAACAACAACAACAACAACAGCAACCACAACAACCACCAAGACAUCUUCCACAGCAACCGGUGGCCAAUCCUUUCCGACAGCAGGAACAGCAGCAGCAACAGCCCCAAGCGCCAUCACAACCACGAAUUUCAAAUCCAUUCAGGCAAGGGUUUUAAGUUGGUUUAUUUAAUGUUACGUCAUGCAAUCUUGUUCGAGUAAGAAGUGAGAAAGAAGAUUGAAGGAUGAAAGUGUAGUAUAAUAGACAGUUCAAAACUGAUAUCGUGAGAUGCUAGCAGUUUUCUGUUAAAACAAAUGUGUUGAGUAUAAAAACAUAGCUAUUAAGUGUUGAAAAAUUAUUUCCUGAAAGCUUCUGCUACCAGCAUAGAUGUAAUAAUGUUCACUGAAAAGAACCGAUGGGUAUAUAAUAGGUAUAGGAUGGAUUGUUUUGAAGACACGUAUCUUCAGAAAUGUUUUGUAUGUAAGAAAUGUAGCUUUGUAAGGUGCCAUACUAGCGGACCAAUCGGCCUGAGCUGCAUCGAUAUCGCAGACAUAUCAAACCAAGUUUUAAACGCUCCGUUUUGGGUGUAGCGACACCGCUUUGGGACGUUUUGGUGUGGCGUUUGAGUUUUUACACCAUUUUGUUCACUGGCGUCCGCAAACCAUAUCAACAAUCGAUUUGGGACACCAUCCGUUUUCCUAACAUAAGACACAACCAAGGUAACGAUACAUAUCAGAGCUUCGGCUCGCCUGAAUCUACCAAAGUGAUAUUAUAUAACAAAUUAUAUCUUCUAGCAUUAGUCACAUUACAGAUAUUACAAUUAUAUAUAUAUAUAUAUAUAUAGAUAUACGAUAAAAAUUAUCUGCGUUGGAUGUGCUCUAUUUAUCGGAGACGUUCCUGAGGCAGUGUAAUCAAUAUCAUCUUGUAUAGUCUAGCGCAUAGGAUAUGUUCUAUAUCAAUUACCAGAGGAAAUAUACAAAACAGUCAAAUUAAUUAUCGACUAAAUUUAGUUCGAAUUCGAGUAUUUGUGUAAAUUAUUCCUAGUUUGGUUCAACAAGUGUGAAGCAAAGGAAAACGAUCUCUAAUGAUAUCAAUUAAAAUAGUUAAAAACAAGUGAAAGAUGUGUAUGCGGCUAACGCAUACACACUCAUUCUAAAAUUAUACAUAUAAUGUCAUAUUCACUUUAUAUAUAUACACACACACACAAUUAAAGAUGACGUAUUUAUAAAAGAAAACCUAGAUGCAACAAGACACUAGAUUCAUCACAGCUGUAUCGUUUGUGCACAGAUGAAACAAAAACUGCAAAUUAUUAUCUAAAUACGUUGAAGACUGGUGAAAAUUUAUGUUACACGAGCAAUGGAACAUAAAAUGUGUUAACAAACUUAGCAUGCAAUUCGCAAUAAGUUAAGUGUAGAUACUCCAGAGACGUCAAAUCGAGUCGUACCCCACUAUAGCUAAAAUGUAUCAUAUGUGUUUACGCAAAACAGAUUCACCGUUCGCCGUUGACGUGUCAUGGGACUCACUCUAAUCGGAACAAUUAUUUAAAGAUAGAUCAUCGAUAGAACGCCUUCCCUCUUGACAUACAAUUGUGGAGCGUCAAGUAGAAGAUAUUAAAUUAGUACAAUGUAGCUGUAAAUAUCGGUUUACGUUACUUUCCGUGAAAAUUAAUAACCGAAAAAAAGCUUUAGGUUGGAAGCACGUUCGAAAGCGUACGCAGUAAAUAUGUGCUGUUCAGCAUGUGUUUCAGAACGCACAAAAUUGGCCGGCGUUUUCGAACGAUAGUUAAAAGUUACUUCCUGGACAAAUUACAAAGACUAGUUUAUAUAAGAGAGAGAAAAAACAAACACACGAAAGCAAUAAACGCUACACAUAUGAUAUCCCCUAAAGAUAACCCAACAAUACACUCCAAAAACAGAUUCAACUUUUGUUGACCAUUUUUUCACCCAAACAACAACACGUGCGCUAUGAAUCGGAAAGUUAACCACAAAACGUUCGUUCACAAGUACCACUAACAGGUCGUAAACAGAUGAUUGAUCGAUAACGGAUAGAUUUGUUUUUAUACGAACAGUUUUUAAGAUGUGUAGAAAGUUGCUCCCCGAACCUGAUACAUUCGGCACUCAGGAACAGCGCAAAGCUCGUCAUAUCCUGGAACGUAUUAUUGUAUGUAUAAUUUUCGAUAACGUACCUACAACAACCAUAUCAAUCAUAACUGGCUCACUAUCUUUUAGCAUUUUUCAAUGCUGUCGUGUGAGAUUUUGAAAAUGACAUCAGAACGAUUUUCUUGCACGACCACCGAACGAGGGAAGAGGCAGUAUCAUGAUUUUUCUAGACCACCAAAGCAUCGUCUAAUACUACACUCAAACUAGCGUUGGCAGAAAAAAAAUAUCAUCUUCGGCUGAAAAAAAAAUCCUUUUUUGUGUACUCAACGGUGAAAUGAACAAAAAAAAGCAUCUUUUUCAAGUGUUUGUAAAAAUGUUUUUAUGUAUGGAAGCAGACCUCUCUCUCUCUCAGACUGAACGUCAGCUUGGAAAAAAGUCCAAAUGAUGCCAAGGGGUGCGAUCGAACCAGGGCCAGCUAAAUUGUCAGGAAGGAUGUAUGGAAAGUAUAUUCUGAGAGUAAAAAUAAAAGCAUUAACGUGAAUCUGUAUUUGUUUCGGUCGUGGGUCGUGUAUGUGGCAAAGUAUGCGGAAAAAGUUAAUGCGUGCAUAUUUUCCAUGUGUCUUUUGUUUCGCUCUCUCAUAUUGCUCUUAUAUUGCCAUGGCAUAUAUAUUGAACAAAUGCUGCACUAGUAUGGGAGGGAAGCACAUUUUCUGUUAUUUUAAAGCUCAUUUAAUGUUACAAAUCAGAAUGGUGAAACACGUGCUAAAAAUUAAUUUUGGGUGUAUUAUUCAUAUAGAGUGUAUGUCGACCUGAGUUCGGUUUACAUUUAUGUUGAAUCACUAAUACAGGGUGACUACAUACCACACAAGAAGCGACAGUCUCGAACUUCAAGCAAAUUAUGCUCUAGAACACCACUACGGUCUUACAUAGCACGUACAAAGCUACUGAAAGAUAUAUGACUUACUCCAACGGCCACAUUGUCAAUCUCUAACCAAACAUUGAAAACGUUCUUGAUCUUAGAACGUUGCUGUACAGUGUCGCUCGGUCAGUGUCCCUGCUGGUCUAACAUGGUCGCCAGCAGCACAAUCCUCGUAGUGUCUGGCCUUCCUCGAAAUCAUAGUCAUCUAUCAGGGUUUCUGCUGGAAGUUAUCCCCACUGGUUAUGCAGCAGCUGUUCGUACUACGUGAACAGUGUGUGGCCCACAAGCUCAUGAUUGUAACCUUACCGACAACACUCGUUGCGCUCUACGAAAUACCCCACCUCAUUACCACAUACUUGAUACGUAAUCGUUUUCUAGAUCGAACACUCCGUUACGCAGCACGAAGCAUCGCCCACUUUCAUACACGGGCAGUGGUGCAGGCAACAGUGAUUCGGCAUCGGAGAACGUGUUGGGUGAUUUCCAAAAGUUCCACAUUUUGGCGAUCCUGCAAGACUGCUGAUUUUUCUCCAGGAGUUGUUUACAGAAUGACAACUCGAUACAAUGCAUCAUUCGUCACAGAGAAUCUUAAUCUCUCCCGCUCAAUUCUCUCCCAUUUCUCUCUCACCUCUCUCGUUUUCAUGAAGUGAUGCCAGAUAUACGACAAUUUGACCGAGUAUUGCAGAAACUCGCAUUUGAAGAUAAAUCUUCAACCUUAUUGUGUUUCCAAAAAUGCUAUGUAAAGUGUACAAGGAAUAGGUCGAUAUCGGUUCAAAUCAUAUGAAAAGAUAAUUAAAGGCAUCAUACAUAGAUUAUGUUUUUCCAAGUCUGUCUUAUAUACCACAGCAGGAUUUUAACGGUAGCGGUCUUGAUUAAGGGUCAGCCAGAACGGUUGCGCAUGAUUUUGUUGGAAUCGAAUCGGGAUGACCGCGAUUGUCUUGAAUAAGGGCGAGUCAGCCAGAACUGUUACACAGAAUCAUGUUGGAAGCGAAUCGAGAUGACCGCGAUUUUCUAUAUUGGAAGGCCCGAACGGCCAGGCAGAAAUUUUUAGGAAGUGGAUCGAGAUGACCGCGAUUUUUCAUAUCAAUAGAAAGUCAGAACGGCCACACAGAAUGUGGAUUGCUGCCGUUCUACGCAUAGUUGUCCCAUGUUCCAAAAUCAGCAACUGAGAAAAACGCAAUCAAAGUUUUCUCGCAUAUUUGUCUACCAAAACAUUUAAGCAUUUCAAUUUAGCAAUACGCCGUUUUUUU